AUGCGAAUCCUUGGAAUUAACUCGGUCUACCAUGAGUCGGCUGCGGCUUUGAUCGUCGACGGACAAGUCGUUGCAGCGGCCGAGGAAGAGCGCUUUUCCAGAGUCAAGCACGGCAAGCCGGCAAGGGUUGACAAUGCAGAUGAGCUGCCCCUUGAGAGCAUUCGAUACUGCCUUGAAUCCGCCGCCAUCAAGCCAGAGGACCUGGACGCGAUAGCUUACUCGUUUGAUCCAGAUCUUCGAGCACACGAUUUCAUCUUGAAUGACAAAACGGAGGCUGGGGAUUGGGGGACGCCAGAGGGCGAGAAAACCUUCCUUUCUCGCCUCCGGUCGGUGCCUGAUGCCUUGGCCACCCACUUCGGCCCAGCCGCCGGAAAGCGCCUCAAGUUCAUCCCGCACCACCUCUCUCACGCCGCGUCCAGCUUCUACCCGUCGGGGUAUGAAGAUGCCGCGAUCCUCGUCGCCGACGGCAUCGGGGAGGCUGCGUGCACCGUGCUCGCGCGAGGCGACAAAGAGAGCAUUACAAUCUUGCGGGAGAUUCCGUUCCCGCAUUCCAUCGGCUUCGUCUGGGAGAAGAUGAGCAAGUAUCUCGGGUUCACUGAGUACGACGCCUGCAAAGCCAUGGGCCUGGCUGCGUAUGGUGAUGCGUCCAAGUUCAAGGGCGUGUUUUCGGAACUGAUGCGUGUUGAUGAUGCCUGUGCAUACCACGUCAACCAGGCGACGGCCAACUUUCGAUUGCCAGAUUUUGAUCGCCUAGAGUCCCUUUUCGGGCCCGCUCGUAAACGUGAUGCGCCGCUCGAGAGCCACCAUUACGACGCGGCCGCCGCUUUACAGGUGGCCACAAACGAUGUCCUUCUCGCGCUCGCGCGGGAGCUUCAUCAGGCGGUAGGAUCCAAAAACCUUUGCCUUGCGGGGGGUGUUGCCCUGAACUGUGUCAGCAACAUGGUCAUCAAAGAAGCCGGUCUCUUCUCCAAUGUGUUUAUUCCCUCAGCGCCGCAUGACGCGGGUACGGCCAUGGGGGCCGCGCUCGAGCUCAAUCACCGCAUGGGCGGUCGGAGCGACCAGGCCUCCACCACGCCAUAUCUCGGCCCAGAGUUUGACGAGGCCGCGAUUGUCGCAGCAUACGACGCCGCCGGGUUGACGCCGCAGGUGUCGAGUGCGCCGGCCGUCGACGCUGCCCAGAUGGUUGCUGCAGGUAAGAUUGUCGCCUGGUUUCAGGGUCGGAUGGAAUUCGGCCCCCGGGCACUGGGCAACCGCUCGCUACUGGCAGACCCGCGAAGCCUGGCGACGCGCGAGUUGCUCAACGUCAAGGUGAAGCACCGCGAGAUGUUCCGCCCGUUUGCGCCCAGCGUGUUGGCGGAAGCAGCAGGGGACUGGUUCGAGCUCGGCGCGCCAUCUCCCAGCCACAACUUCAUGCUCUUCGCGUGCCUGGCGACCGCUGAGCGCCGAGACGAGAUACCGGCCGUUCUGCACGAGGACGGCACGGCUCGCGUGCAGCUCGUACAUCAGAAACAGAACCCGGCGUUCCACCAGCUCAUCUCUGAAUUCGCAACGCUGACGGGUGUUCCCUUGGUGCUCAACACCUCCUUCAAUGACAGCGAGCCCAUUGUCUGCACACCAGCUGAUGCGAUUGCAACAUUUCAGAAGACGCGCAUCGAUGCCCUGUUCAUAAGCAACAGGUUUGUCACGCGCGAGGGUUGA